UUACACAUUUUGAGUUUGUAUUAGGCACUUUAGAGCCCCCUGCAGGCCAUUACUUGUAUUCAGUUCUUUCGUAGUUUCUUAAUAUUGCGUUCGUUCUCAUUGGCUGAUAAGAGUCACGUUCUGUUAGUCACGUGAUUUCAGACGUGAUCGUCAGUAUUUCGGCAGCCAUUUUGAUCUGUCAUUUGAGCCAGAGAUCCACACGGUGAAACAUCUUUUUUAUCUCACGUCAUUCAUCCGUGUAAGCCUUGGAGAAGCUUUGUUUUUUCACACUUCUAAACCUGCAACAACUUGUUCAACAACUAUCAAUAAAUGGACAUACAAGUGGAUGUCGACAACAUCCUCUACGCACUUUCAUCAUCGAUCCUGUCUUCAAGUUUUGUUGGGAAAAGUGUUUAGCUGUCUGGUGAUGUGUGCAUCGCUACGCGCUCAGGUGCCAGAACAGUGAAAAAACAGCAUCACAGCGGGCUCUAAACAACGGAUACCUACCGCGAUCAAGAGAGAUAUUCUCCGUUAGCCGUUCCAGUGCAUCAGUGUGAUCUCACUGCGUUAAGAUGGAAGCUGCUUCACAAACGGAAGAACAAAAAGACACUACGUUAGCAGAUGCUACAAAGUCUGUGUAUGGUGACUCCAGCUCAAGCUCAAGGUCUUCUUCGGCUAGCCUAGCCGCAGCUAAAGCAAGGGCUAAAGUAUUAGCCGCACGUGCCCGCACAACGUUUGUUCAAAAAGAAAAUGAUCUACUAAUAGAAAAAGCUUGUAUGGACGCUACUCUUGCUCCCCUGAAGCUAGACAAAGAGAUUGCAUCAGCAGAAGCAGAAGCCGAAGCUCUUGAGUCAACUGCAGCAGAAUUGGAGAGAGGCUCCAGAACUAUGAUUUCUCUUCCAACUCAAUCUCCACGUGAAAGAACGUUUAACUACGUUGAGUGUCAUUCAAAUGCAGCCUCUGAGUCUACACUCACUGACCCAACCCGUCAGCCUCAACAACGUAACCCUGCUAACGUUAAUAGCACAAGGCAAUACAAUCAAGACUCCUUCGAUAGAGACCUCAACAGAUCUAGGCAACCUGCCUUAACCAACCACGCACCAAGCCCUGCUCCUGAUGAUAAACCUCACAUCCCCUACCCAAUGGGGACACAUCAGCCACUCUCGUCCACUCACCCCAGACAGGCUCCUCAUACUCACUAUGGUGACCAUACGGGGUUCAGUGAGGUAGCUCAAUUCCUUGUUCGGCGCGAACUAUUGAGCUCCAGCCUUACCAAAUUCGAUGAUCAACCUGAGAGCUACUGGGCAUGGAGGUCGAGCUUCCUAAACUCCAUUAGAGGAAUUGAUCUCACCUGCAGCGAAGAGCUCGAUCUGCUCACUAAAUGGUUAGGUCGCAGUCUUCAGCGCACAUCAAGAGGGUAAGAGCUGUCCACGUCAACGAUUCAACUCAAGGCCUGAAAAUGGCAUGGUCUCGUCUUUAGGAGUGUUAUGGCUCACCAGAGAUCGAAAAGGCUCUCUUUGACAGAGUGGAGAAGUUUCCCAAAAUCAACAGCAGGGAUUAUCCUAAACUAAGAGAGAUUGGAGACCUGCUACAGGAGCUAGCAUCGGCUAAGUGCGAGGGCUACUUACCUGGACUUGCUUGCUUGGACACGGCUAGAGGUCUGAACCCCAUAGUGGAAAAAUUACCAUGGAACCUCCAAGAAAAGUGGAUUUCUAAGGGGAGUAACUACAAGUUAGCGCACAACGUGCUCUUCCCACCUUUUACCUACUUUGCUGACUUCGUCUCCAGAGAGGCCCUCAUCCGCAACGACCCAAGCUUCUCUUUUGCCAGUUCAGCUGCUACAACAACUAAGCCAGACGCUGCAGAUAAGAAGACAAGAAACUUCGUAUCCACCCAUAUAACGGAUGUCUCUCCGGUUUCCGACUCCGACACAACAGAGACUUCCAGUGCUAGGCCUGAUGUCAGUAAACAGUGCCCCAUCCACCAAAAGCCUCACCCCCUCAAACAUUGUAGAGGCUUUCGAUCCAAACAUAUCAAAGAACGCAAGGCAUUUCUCAAAGAAGCUGGUAUAUGUUUUCGAUGUUGUUCUUCAAACAAACACGUUUCCAAAGAUUGCAAAACAGAAGUGCACUGUAAGGAGUGCAACAGCGACAGGCAUAUAUCGGCUCUUCACGCUGGGCCAGUUCCUUGGGCUAACCAGUCCCCUUAGGCAGAGAACGGCGGGGAGUCGGAACCUCCUCCUACAGUGAACUCCAUGUGCACCGAGAUCUGUGGAGGAAACAACGGACCUAGCUCCUGCUCUAAAAUUUGCCUCAUCACAGUGCAUCCUAAGGGAGAACCAAACAGGACAGUGAGACUCUACGCCAUUCUUGAUGACCAGAGCAACCGGUCACUCGCCAGGCCAGAUUUCUUCAACCUCUUUAACCUUGAAAGCUCAGAAGCUCCCUACACAUUACGUACGUGUGCUGGUCUCACACAACCUUUGGAUGGAAAUCUCAGUAUAGAUCUUCCGACACUCAUUGAAUGCAACUACAUUCCUGAAGACAGGUCCGAGAUACCUACUCCAGAAGUAGCAAAAUAUCACACUCACCUCAAUUCCAUUGUUGAGCACAUUCCUCCGCUUGACCCAGAGGCUCAGAUCCUUCUUCUCCUUGGGCGUGAUGUCCUACAGGCUCACAAGGUACGAGACCAGCGCAACGGACCUAAUAGCGCACCAUAUGCCCAACGCUUGGAUCUUGGUUGGGUCAUCAUCGGUGAGGUCUGCCUAGGCACAGCUCACAACCCAAACAUGCAAGUGUGUUCCGCACUCACGUUCUGGAGAACGGCCGCCAUUCACACUUCUCACCCUGUCCGAACCAUCUCACAGUUAAGGAGAAACUCACUGUGAAGACCCAAAGCACCAACAGUCUCUCUGAACUGUCAAGCUCACCACUGACUCGCGAAGCAGAGAGAUGCGGUUACAAUGACUCCUUGGGAAGCAAGAUAUUCCAACGCACCGAAGAUGACAACAAGGUCGCUCCCUCUAUUGAAGACAAGCUGUUCAUCGAGUUAAUGGAUAAAGAGAGCUACAUCGACGACGGCAACAGCUGGGUAGCCCCACUUCCGUUCCGCCCGUCAAGACCACUUCUGCCUAACAAUAGAGAGCAAUCUCUGAAUCGUUUCAACUCUCUUUGUCGUGCGUUGGAGGAAAGCCGGAGAUGAAGGAGCAUUUUGUCACCUUCAUGCAACGUAUCUUCGAUCAAGAUCAUGCAGAGCUCGCUCCUCCGUUGGCUAACAGAGAGGAGUGCUGGUACCUCCCCACAUUCGGAGUGUAUCACCCCCACAAACCAGGUCAAAUCAGAGUUGUGUUUGACUCCAGCGCCAAACAUCUUGGAGUGUCUCUGAACGACGUGUUGUUGACCGGACCAGAUCUUAACAACAGUUUGCUGGGAGUUCUGAUGCGUUUUCGAUGUGAACAGGUUGCCUUCACCGCCGACAUCGAACAGAUGUUCCAUAGUUUCAUUGUGAGAGAAGAUCACAGGAACUUUCUUAGGUUCCUAUGUUUCAGGAACAAUGACCCUACGGACGUGGUUGUAGAAUACCGGAUGCGGGUCCAUGUGUUUGGCAACAGUCCGUCUCCAGCGGUAGCGACCUACGGCCUCAGACGAGCUGCUCUACACGGAGAAGAGGAGUUUGGUCACGCAGCGAAAGAGUUCGUACAUAGAGAGUUCUAUGUAGACGAAGGCCUCAAAUCUCUGCCCUCUGUGUCUCAAGCGGUCAACCUACUUACAGCAGCACAAGGUAUGCUAGCAAUGUCCAACCUACGUCUCCACAAGAUUGCGUCCAACUGUCCAGCAGUUAUGCAAGCGUUUCCAUCCUCUGAGUAUGCCAAGGACUUGAAGGACCUCGACCUGGAAACUGACUCUCCACCGAUGCAGCGCAACCUAGGAUUGAAUUGGGACCUGAGCAGAGAUACGUUCACUUUUCGGGUCGCCAACACCAAUAGACCCUUCACACGCAGAGGUGUGCUCGCUUGUGUGAACAGUUUGUUCGAUCCACUUGGCCUGGUGGCACCGAUCUCCAUACAAGGAAAGCUCCUUCUGAGAGAAGGAGCUCACCCACAACACCGUUGAUUGGGACGAGCCGCUCCCGGUUGAAAAGGAAACCGAGUGGAUUGCUUGGAGGGAUUCACUACAAGCCCUUGAAAGCUUUGAGACUCCUCAUUGCUACACAAGCACAUCUGUUUCCAACGCCCAGUGUGUGGAGCUACACAUCUUUUCAGACGCUUCUGUGAAGGCCAUUGCUGCAUUAGUUUACCUCAAGGUGCUAGACCAGUGGUUUUCAAACUGUGGGGCGCGCCCCCCCUGGGGGGCGCCAGAGUUCUUCAGGGGGGGCGCGACGUGAGAAAAAAAUAAACCCGAAAA